AUCUGGAUGUGGACGCUAAAAGCUUUCAAAGCAAGAAAGCAAGAUUGACAAAAUCAGGGUCAUUCCCCAUAGCAGCAUCUUCACAAAUGCGGAAUCUUAAAUCAAGAAGUACCAUCAAACACAAGCAAACAGAAAUUUGGGCCUUUCCAAAGGGAGAAAAGUUGCUUGCUGGGACUCAAGCACUAAAAAUGUUUGCAAAAGAUGGUGCUUAUAUGAAAGAAGUGCCAUUAGUGGGUGAUUAUGAUAUGGACAGUGCUAUGAAACAAACAGGAUUUGCUUUGUCAAGACCUUCAAAUGGAUUAAAUCACAAACAUAAAGGGUGGAAUCAACUGGUUCUUCAUCGUUUCAAAGUCAUAAAGCAGAGGAUAAAACAUGCUCUUAUGGAAUUCACAAAAAAUGGUUAUCAUACUUCUCUCGAAGCUUUCCGCCGUAGAGUUUCGUAUGAAAAUAGGCUUGGGAAAGAGGUGUCACAGAGUUUAGAGGAUGGCGUGAUUGAGAAUGUAAGUUCAGAUGAGAUUAAGGCCCCUGAUUAUGACUCCAACAGACGUGAAACUCCCCUCGUAAGAAGAACAUCUUCUCUAAAUGAAUCACUGGAUAAAUAUACUCAAUUAUUUGAGCGAAGUUUUGGCAAAGACGUCAAGUGGCAUAGCUCAAAGUCCAAGAGCUUAAAAGUCACAAAUGCAGAUAGCAAUCACACAAGUGGCUAUGCUCCAAAGUUGACCAAAAGGAACUUGUCUCUCCCUAAUAUUGAGUCCAUAGGCUUCAUUCUUCAUGAGGCCAUUUGCGAUGCAAAUGAUGCAGGGAGUAUUCCAGCAAACACUUCCUUGGAUAAUAACAAAAAAGAAGAAACUGAUAUUCCUGUUAAACGAAAAUCAGCAAGCCUUCUUGUGAGCAAAGACAAACCAUUCGGUGAUAUAAUCGAGACUGAAGUCAAGGAAGAGGAUGAAAGUAGUGGGAAGGAUGAGACUCCCAAUGCUUUACCCCAUUCAGCUGCCGAAAAUGGAAGUUCCUAUCAAGAAAAUGCAGAAAUAGAAGUGACUACGGAUUGUGGCAAUGAUAUGAUGGACAUUCUUGAAGCUAGCAGUGAAGACAAUGCAACCGACAAUACAAGAGGCACAGAGAGAGAUACAAGAGGCUCUAGCGUGAAUGAUAUGGAGGCAGAUUUACAGAAAAUAGAAAGCAGAUACCCUUUGGAAGCAAAAGGGAUGAACAGGAACAGUGACAGCUAUUUCCUGCACUUGGAAUCAGAUAUAAUAAAUGAUUCAAAUUUCAAAUAUGUGAAGCACAUUAUUGAGCUUUCAGGCUUCAUGGAGAAUGACCAUACUCAAAUGUGGUACACAGUGAACCAACCGCUAAAGCCCUCCUUGUGCAAAGAAACUCAAUGCUUUGGAGAAGAGAUUGGCAAACCAAUUGAUCAUCAGCUUCUUUUUGAUAUAGUGAAUGAGAGUUUGCUUGAAAUAUAUGAAGGAUCAUCUACCCACUUCCCUAGGCCCUUCUCCUUCAACCUUCGCCUUCAUCCUAUACCAAAGGGUCAUCGUCUUCUUAAGGAAGUGUGGGCUCGAGUUAACUCGUAUCUGAGCUUAAUGCCGGAGUUAGAUCAGACAUUAGAUGAUGUUGUGAGACGAGAUUUGGCAAGUAAUGGCUGGAUGAACCUUCAAAGUGAAGAAGAGCAUGUAGCACUUGAACUAGAGGACAUGAUUGUGGAUGAUUUGUUAGAUGAAAUAAUCUUCUCUUGAGGUUUUGAUUAGAUCUUCUAAGCUUCAAAUCAAAUCUAGCAGCUUGGUUUUGUUUGACGAUAUCAGUCUGAUAUGGGAGUUUCGCAGCCUUGACACAUGAACGCUCUCUUAUUGUAGAAAUGCUUAGAAAGAUGCAAAUUCGAGUGAUUCUGUAGGGCUUCAAUUUUUAACUGACUAGUGUCAGCAUAGAUGGGAAACAAAGGGGGGAUUCUUUGUUCAUAUUCUUGUUGGUACGGUUGGUCGAUGUUUUUUUUGUAGAGUUUGUUAUGGAGUUGUGUGUAAUUUCUAUGUAAAUAAUCUAUAUGAUUGCUCGAGUUAAAUGCUAGGAUUUGUAGCCUUUUUUGCCCUGUAUUGGUUAA